AUGGCAUCUUUCUUCGAUAUCAAGGCGCGCAAGGCAGCGGCCGCCGCCAACGGUGGCUCUGAGCAGAAGCAGAGCAAGGUCAGCGACGGUCGCAUACAGCCCUGGGUCGAGAAAUACCGUCCCAAGAGUCUCGACGAUGUUGCUGCUCAAGAACACACAGUCACUGUCCUGCAACGAACACUACAGGCCGCCAACCUCCCUCACAUGCUCUUUUACGGCCCGCCCGGCACCGGAAAGACGUCGACCAUUCUCGCCCUCGCCAAGCAGCUCUACGGCCCGGAAAUGAUGAAGUCGCGUGUCCUCGAGCUCAACGCCUCCGAUGAGCGUGGCAUCUCCAUUGUCCGCGAAAAGGUCAAAAACUUUGCGCGCAUGCAGCUCACGAAUCCGCCUGCCGGCUACCGCGAAAAGUAUCCCUGCCCGCCCUUCAAGAUCAUCAUCCUCGACGAGGCCGACUCCAUGACGCAGGAUGCCCAGAGCGCCCUUCGCCGCACCAUGGAAAUUUACAGCAAAAUCACGCGCUUCUGUCUCAUUUGCAACUACGUCACUCGCAUUAUCGACCCACUAGCCAGUCGCUGCAGCAAGUUUCGCUUCAAAAGCCUCGACCAGGGCAGCGCCAUGAAGCGCCUCGAGGAGAUUGCUGCCGCCGAGUCGGUACCUCUCGGGGACGGUGCCAUCGACGCCCUGGUUCGCUGUAGCGAAGGUGACUUGCGUAAAGCCGUCACGUUUUUGCAGAGUGCGGCUCGUCUGAUAGGUGCUGGUGCACAAGUCAAGGACGGUGACGGCGACGAGGACAUGGACGUGGAUAAGAAAGCGGUCACCGUCAAGAUCAUCGAAGACAUCGCUGGCGUGAUUCCCGGAGCGACAAUAGACGAGCUCGUGGCUGCUCUGCGCCCACGAGGCUCAAAUGGCUCGUAUUCUAGCGUCUCCAAGGUGGUAGAAGACAUGGUAGCCGACGGCUGGAGUGCUGGACAAAUUGUAUCGCAGCUAUACCAAGUCAUCACGUUCGACGAAACGAUCCCUGAUGUACAAAAGAACAAAAUUGUCAUGGUAUUCUCCGAAGUGGACAAGCGCUUGCUGGACGGAGCUGACGAGCACCUGUCGAUUCUCGAUUUGUCCAUGAGAAUAUCCGCAAUCAUGUCUGAAAAAUAA